AUGAGGGAGGAACAUCGCGGCGACAAGGUGCCAGGCUGGGAUGGAGAUCCGAAGACCUGGCGGACGUAUCGACGGAAGGCCCUCCGGUACCAGGAGGGCACGAAGAGACAAGACAGGUACCUGUGUGGCCCGAGGCUCGAGGCGAGGCUCACGGGCAGAGCUGAGGCGCGCCCGGCGUUCCUGAUCAAGACCAGGCGCAGGAAGCUCGAGCCCAUGCAGCAGUGGACGGACAGAUUCGAGACCGGGUACCAGUACCUUCGACGCGCGCUGGCGCGUGCACUCGGCCACCCGACUCCGAGCCCCCCCUCGACGUCGAGCUGGAACCCCAGACACUGGAGAUGGGUCGAGGUUGCGAAUGAAGAGGACGACAAGGGGUCGAGCUGGACAUGGGAGUAUACCGACGGCCGAGGAGAAGACGAGACAGGGUCGCGCACCUGGAGUGCCACCAACGACGAUGACGCUGAGGAGGAGUUGGACGAUAUGCCAGAGGUCUUCCCGAGCAUCGUGCGUGGUUGGCUGAUGCUCGCGCGUGCGGGCCUGGACUCCAGGGAGAGGUCGGCCAUCAUGACUGCCACCGGUGGCUCGCUGGAGGCCAGCACGAUCCGUGACAAGCUGAUCUCGACCUGGGAGGACGACGACCUGGCAGAGCGAGAUGGCCACGCCCGAUACCCGAAGGCAUACACGGCGCAGAUGGGAGAGCACGAGGAGUUCGAUGAGGAACAUGACAUGGCCGAGGCCAAUGACGAGGAGAUCGAGUCGUACAUGGCCGCCCAGCAGGAGGAGGCCGAGGCGUUGGCUGCAAUUCACACGGCCCAGCGAACCCUUCGCCAGGCUCGCGAAGCGCAGGCUGACAGCCGACUGAGCCGUGGCUUCUACCGCGGCGGCCGGCCAGGGAGGCAAGCGAAAGGACAGAAGAAGUGUCCGAGGUGUGGAAGUGGUCAUUGGCUCCAGGAUUGCCCUGACCGCCACGAUCCCCGCCUCGGCCCCAAGGUGAACAGCGCGCCCGAGGCAAGCGCGAAGAUGGCCACCCGCACGAAGGAGCUGAAGUUCAACCUAGUGGCCGCCAUGGUGGCCGAGCAGGAGUCUGGGGACUCACCGAGCGAGGCGAUGUUCGCUGAACAGGCCAUCUUGGAGGGCACGGGGAUCGUCGACUUAGGCUGCACAGACACCAUGGGUGGUGAACCUGCGCUCGACAACGUGGUCCGCAAGACCGUUGAGAAGUAUGGCGACACGAGGCUCUGUGACGUGAACCUCAGCUACCAGCCGGUGUACAGCUUCGGGAACGGAGAGAAGGAGCGCGCCUACGGACAGGUGAAGUUCGGGAUCACGGGCGCGGGCAACGAGGGGGACAUCGCGAUCAACGGGUUCGCGAAGGACGUCCCGAUACUCGUGUCGAAGAAGGUGCUCAAGAAGCUGGGGGCUGUCAUUGACUGCGACACGGGGGUCGCAGUGUUCGUGAAGCUAGACCCCGUCAGGCUGCAGAACUUCAAGAAGAUCAGCCAGCACGUCUCUGAGUGGGGCAGGCCGGGUACGGCCGCAGCAGUGGGGCAGGUGCAGUUCGGAAACGACCAGUCCGAGGGAGAUGGUGCCAGCCCGAGAUGGGGAAUGCCAGCUUCUGGCAGAGAGGUGCAUCAUCUCCACAAGGCGGAGGCGGUGCAGCUGAUCAGAGAGCUGGGUUUGCCCUUCAGCCCGGCCUGGUCGAUGGACAAGCUGAGACACACCAUCAAGGAGACCCUCUUCCCGAAGGCCGAGAGCGCCUCUCAGAAGACGCUGAAGGGGAUCAGCACCAUGAAGAAGCAGGAGCUGGUCCAGAAGGCAGAGGAGGUCGGAGCCCACCUCACGCCGAAUAUGACGAACGCAGCGAUAAAGCUAGAGAUCCGCAAGGCCGUGCUGAUGAAGACGAAGCCCGAGCCGACGGACUUCCUGGGUUUCGGCAAGCACGGGGCCCUGACGUACCAGCAGGUCCGGAUCCAGUACCCGUCCUACGCCGAGUGGGCCCAGAAGGAGGCCAGCACCGAGAGCAGCUGGGAGCUCACCCUGUUUGUCUCGUGGCUCAACGAGAUGAAGGUAGUCCAGGAGAUGACCAUGGGCCCGGUGGAAGCUCCAGUGGAGCCUACCAGGGCACGCUGGAGCGCCUCUCGAGGCGCCGAGGGCCCCGAGUUCCGCGGACAAUGUUAUCGCAGUGGAGCACAGUCAGAGUGGUCCGGCCGGGGUCUGAACCAUGUCAAGGAGCUCGACCCGAGGAAGCAGCGGUGGCUCGCAGAGUGCAUCAGGGAGAGCAACAGCACCGAGGACUUCGAGGCGCUGAUGGCACAUGGGGGGGUCAAGCUCAUGGAGCUGGCCUGUAGUCCCGCAUCCAUCCCGAGUACGAAGAUGGCCGAGAAGUUUGGCGAGGAGGCAGUGCAGCGGGUCAGCUCGUGGAACGGCCACAAGCUCGGGACGGCCCAGGGUAACCAGAAGGCACGGGAGACCGGGGACAAGGCCGAGCCCGACAACCUCACGAUCAGCACUCGGUGCGGUCCCCUGUCCACGCUGACCCUCGGUUUCAACGCCUCCAACCCGGCCAGGGCAGAGGCGACCAGGAAACGACGGCUCCAAGCGAUCAAAGAGUACAAGGGCGCGGUGCAACUGGUGUACGACCAGGUGGCCCAGGGCAGGCACGCCCACUGGGAGUGGCCCAUCAAGUGCGAGUGGUGGGGCCAUGCCAUGAUUCGCCAGAUGAUCGAGGACAGCUCAAUGACCGUGGUGAAGGUGGCCGGGUGCCAGCUCGGGGUCAAGAAUGAGAAGGGAGAGCCCCUCUUGAAGGAGUGGUUCGUCGCUACGACCUCACCGAAGAUGGCGGCUCGGAUGGCCACAGAGUGCCCAGGAGGUCACCGGCAUGGUGAGCUCAUGGGCGGGGGCCCCACGGCCUCGACAAGCUGCUACACGGACGAGUUCGCCCGGAGGGCCGUGCGGGCCAUGAUCGAGGAGGCCGUGCGGGACCACCACGAGUUCUUGAGGAGCACGUCUACGGAGAAUGAGACCAACGGGCACGCCUUCGCGGGGCCACAGGAGUCGACCUCACCCGCCGAGGGCCCUGGCUCCAAGGAGUGCCAGAAGAGCAUGCAGUGGCUCACGCCUGUGCACCGAGGGUCCGGCCACAGCUCCAAGGCGUCCAUGCGAAAUGCGCUGAAGAGGAAGGGGGUGAGCCCCAUGGUGAUGAGAGUGGCCAAGGACUUCCACUGCGAGGCGUGCGAGGAGGCGAACAACCACCGCCCGACGCUCCCUCCCGUCAGCCUCGAGGCCAUACCCCCGAAGUGGAAGCAGAUCCAGGCGGACCAGUUCGAGUGGGAGCACCCCCGGACGAAGCUCAAGGCCAAGUUUUCGCUGAUCAUUGACGAGAACGGCAAGGUCCGGGUCACUAAGCUGUUAUACCACAUGGUGGGUCAGGACCGCCGCAGGAAUCCCGUCUGGGCAGACCUCAAGAGCUUCUACGAAGUGGACCCCGAGGGCUCCUGGAUGUCCAAGCAGGCCGCCCAGUAUUUUGACUCGGACUCCAUCGGGUACGAGCCGAUCCCCGGCCAGGCUCACUGGCACAUUUCUCUCGCUGAAGAGGCGAUCCAGGCAACCAAGGGGACGAUGGACAAGCUCGUGAUGGAGAACCCGGACAUGUCCACCGAAGAGGCCGUGGCCCGCGCCACGGCAGCCGGGAACUCUCGGGAGGACGUGCGAGGCCAUUCCCCCUUGCAGCACGCGCUGGGAAGGGCCCCUGACCUGGACGGCCAUUUCUUCGAGAGUGACUUCGACGAGCUGCCCUACGUUGAGGCCCAGCGGGUCGACAAGGAGUACGGCGAGAAUUACAUGAGGAUGUACGCGGCCGAGCAGGAGUACCUGAGGCAGGUGUACCUGCGUCGCCUGAGUCGGGCAGAGAAUGCCAAGAACCAGUCGCUCAAGGCCGUGGCGCCUGGCAUGUGGGUGCGCUAUUUCCGCAAGGAGAAAGGCGAGGUCAAGGGCCGAUUCAAAGGGCUCGCGCGGGUGCUCGCGGCGGAGACGAGCUGGCCCGUAGACGGUGACCUUGGAGCAAACCCGACACUGCAUCCAGGUCGUGCCGGACCUGUGGUCUGGUUGGUCCGGGCAGGACGCAUCAUCAAGGCUGAGCUCAUGGCGGGCAAGAACACGCCCUGGACCGUGAACACAUUUAUGAAUCAGGCGAUGCGGCAGGAGUACCUGGACUUCUCGGGGUUGCCUGAGCCAGCACCUCCGGUGAAGAAGGCACGCCACGAGGAGCCGCCGAAUGAGGCCAAGUCCGAGCGCAACCAGAUCCCUGUGCGCAGGGCGAUUCGGAAGAAGGCCGCACCGCCAGGAGGAGUGGCCAGCAUCGUGAAGGCAGCCCGGGCCGCGCAGGCAGAGGACAUCCUGAUGGAAAGGGCUGCCCUCAUGGCCAAGGCAUCCCUGGAUGCCCGAUCCUUCUGGGCACGGCAGGGGACACCCCUGGAGGUCUCGGUCGAGCUGCCCCUGGCAGGAAAGCCCCUGAAGCAGGAGGUGAAGAAGUUCAGCGUCGCCAAGGCCACCGAGGUGAACAACUACGUGAUAUCCUCCGUGCUGGAAUCCUUGCCGCCCGGGGUCACCCCGCCACCAGAGGAUGCAAUGCGCAUGCGGUGGAUCCUGGAGUGGACGAUGGACGAGACCACGAGCGAAAAGAAACCCAAGGCCCGGAUCGUGGUCUUGGGUUACAUGGACCCUCAGUACGAGCACCGGCCGGCGACCGCUCCAACCAUGACCAGGACCUCCCGGCACCUGGUACUGCAGGCUAUGGCGUGGCUCGGGUUCAAGGGGUAUAAAGCUGACGUGACAGGAGCGUUUACCCAGAACCGGGAGAUCAAGCACGACCUGUUCGUGAUGCCCGUGAAGGAGCUGGCCGUCGCCCUGGGGAUGCCCGAAGGGGUUGCGAUGAGGCUGCGAAAGGCAGUCUAUGUGCUCGUGGAGGCGGCAAUCGAGUGGUUCAUGACGGUGAGCGAGGCCCUGGAGAAGUUCGGCUGGACGCAGAUGAAGAUGGACCCAUGCGCUUGGGUGCUCUACGGUCAAUCCCACGGCCAGGACACCAGCUUCACUAAGGAGGCCCUGGGUCAGUUUACCGGAUCCGAGGUGAUGGGCGAGCUGAUCGCGGCGAAGGGUGACCUGGACAUUGUGGCUAUCGCGGGGUCCCACGUGGAUGACUUCCUGCUCGGAGGGAAGGAGACGGACCCCAGGUGGAUCGAAGCCCGGAAGAAGAUCGAAGAGCGAUUCAAGUGGAAGGCAUGGGAAACCGACGAGUUCAUGCAUACUGGUGCCCGGAUCAGGCAGCUGCCAGAUAUGAGCUUCAAGAUGGACCAGAGUGAGUAUGUCAAGACCAUCGAGAAGGCAGUCGUGAGCCCGGAGCGCAAGAAGAACAAA